UUGGUUGUGCUUGUUGUGGUUUUUCCGUGUCGCUCAAGGGAAGUUGUGAGAAUCAGUACAAUGGAUCGCGCUUUCAUGUUUCACCUACGCCAGCACCUCGUACGCAACGACCUGAAAACCAAAACCGAGAAGGAUCAGUGUCGUACCGAGGCAUUAGUGAAGAAAGCCUAUUGUGAAAAACUAGAAAAGUGGGGCGAAACGGCGAUGCGUCUCUUCAAAGUGGAGCAUUUAAACUACCUAUCCAAGCGUUUGACUGAUCUCCCGGAGAGUAUCGAACACCUAGAUGCUAGUCAACCUUGGCUGGCCUAUUGGAUGGUUCACUCAUUACGUCUUCUCUGCUAUCAGAUUUCUGAUAAAGUUAAAACAGGAGUAAUUAAUCUAAUGAAAAGCUGUCAGCAUUUACGAGGAGGAUUCGCGGGUGGACCUUAUCAAUUAGCACACUUGGCUCCGACCUACGGUGCAGUGAAUUGCUUGGCUUCGCUGCUCUCCGCCGAUGCUUUAGAUGUUAUCGAUCGCCAAGCUUUGGGUGACUGGUUAGUCUCACUUCGGCAGCCCGAUGGUUCUUUCGUAAUGCAUCAUGGUGGCGAGGUGGAUGUACGUGGGGCCUACUGUGCCGUGGCGACGGCUUCGAUUACCGGAGUGCUUAAAUCUCGACAGAAUAUUUUCAAAGGAACGGCGGAGUGGAUUGCUCGAUGCCAGACAUAUGAGGGCGGCUUUGGUGGUCAACCGGGCCUGGAGGCACACGGUGGUUACUCUUUUUGCGCUUUUGCUGCUCUCUAUCUCCUCGACGCUAUCCAUCUCGUUGAUGUUCCGCGUCUCCUUCGUUGGGCUGCACACCGUCAAAUGCCCACCGAAGGUGGUUUCCAGGGUCGGACACACAAACUGGUAGACAGUUGCUACUCCUUCUGGGUGGGCGCUAUCUUUCCGUUGAUGGACCAGGUUCUUCGCAGUGAUACUGAUACAACUAAUGCUCCAGAGACAGCGCUCUUCGAUACGUCUGCAUUGCAAGAAUAUGUCCUCCUUUGUUGUCAGAAGGUUCAUUACACUCGUCCAGGUCUAUCAGUUCCAAACAACCAACUGUCUGUGAUUGAUACCAGCGGAGGUGGCCUUUUCGAUAAGCCUGGCAAGAAUGUUGACCCCUAUCACACCUGCUAUGCCCUCAGUGGUCUCUCCGUUGCCCAGCACUGCCCUCGUACCCUCAACCCCAGCACUAUUAUCUUUCCCGACAUCCCCUUUCACCCUGCUCCCUCGCGUGACGUCGCCGGCGCCCAAUGGGGCAAUGAGUUAGCCGACAUCGACCCCUCUCUCAAUGUUGUUCUCGACGCCGUGGUCUUUGCUAAGACCUAUUUCAGUCUCAUUGACUCGGGUACAGACCGCAAGGUAGCCGCUCAAUGCGCCACUGAAUCUGCCAACAAGGUCUCCUUCAAACAGUUAAUCUACGAUGACAACAAAACCAACGAUGGGGCCGUUCCGGGAGCUUGCGACCUCGUGGACCACCUACCACACAUCUGUACUUCCCCAUGA